CCCACCACGUUCGCCGUGACUACCGGUACUGAGCCGUCCUGGGAACCGCCCAGACACUGCGCAGGAGCAUGAAGGCGAUACGAGGCGUGCUUCUCACCUGUGAUUCGGCCGUGAAGCAGAUUCUGCUCACGCUGAAUGAGAAGGAGAACUUCAUCAUCGAGGAUCUGGAUGACUUUCAUGUCGUGAUCAAGGCCGAUGAGGAGUAUCGUGUGAGACGCGAGCUCGAGGCGGAGCUCGAAAAGAACACAUACAGCCUUGAGUGACUGAGAAGCGACCGUAUGUCCGAUGUCCUGACGAUGUUCUUGCGUUCUCCUCGGAUGUGUCCGCGAUGUACGUAUCCCCGACCUACGCCCUCACUUAACGCCUAUACAACAUCAAAUUUUC